AUGGACUUCGACGCGGAGACGUGUCUCAAGGAUUGGAACGAUCUGGCACAGGACUACAAGGAACUCGAGGCACUAAAUAGGGAGUAUGUUAUGAAGUUAGAAGAAAUUAGUGAACUGCAAGCGAAAUGUAUAAAAGGGAUCUCUCAUCAAAAAUACCGGAUGGGUAUAAUAAGGAAAUCCUUAAAACAGCCGAGCGCAAGAGAGACACGAGAAGAAUUAAAAAAAUCUAUAAUAAGAAGAGAACAGCAGCUCCAAGAGAUUGAACAAACAUUACCUAAGUCAAACGGCACUUACUUACAAAUUAUCCUGGGCAGUGUCAAUGUCUCUAUAUUAAAUAAAAAUGACAAAUUCAAAUACAAAGAUGAAUAUGAGAAAUUCAAAUUAGUACUGUCGGUAAUUGGAUUUGUACUAUCUGUAUUAAAUCUAUUUACCAAUGUAAGAACCUUAGAACUUAGUUUUAUGUUUCUUCUCGUUUGGUACUAUUGCACGUUAACGAUAAGAGAAAGUAUACUCAAAGUGAAUGGAUCAAGAAUUAAAGGCUGGUGGAGAUUUCAUCAUUUUCUCUCGACAGUGGUAGCCGCUGUUCUACUGGUCUGGCCAAACACAGGACCAUGGUAUCAAUUUCGUACCCAAUUCAUGUGGUUCAACGUGUAUAUCAGUGUAGUACAGUACUUGCAAUUUAGAUACCAACGUGGCGUUUUGUACCGGUUAAAAGCGCUAGGCGAGAGAGACAAUAUGGACAUCACCAUCGAAGGAUUCCAUUCAUGGAUGUGGCGCGGUCUCUCGUUUCUGCUGCCGUUCCUCUUCGCCGGUUACUUAUUUCAGCUAUAUAACGCUUAUACGCUUUACGAACUAGCGUACCAUCCGGAUGCGACAUGGCACGUAUCAGUUCUCAGCGCCAUGUUCCUCGUACUAUUUUUGGGUAACACCACUACUACCAUCAUGGUGAUCCCGCAGAAACUCGUCAAGGAACGUAUCAAGGAUCAUUUGUUCGCGUCUAAGCCCGAUCGCAGGAAAGAGGGAAGGAUGCGUAAUAACCCGGACAAUAAGGAUGAAAAGAGUGAGUGAGGGAAGAACUUGAGUACUUCCGACUGAUGAAAAGCUUGACUCACAAGGAACAUAAAUCUGGGAAGAAUUGUUACUAGAAACAAAAUGACUACGCUAUAAACGCUAUUGGUGCUGGCUCUAAAAUAAUAACGAACAGUACUUUGUUGCAUUGAGCAAAGGCAUCACACGCAUGUAUACAUAUACAUGCACGACGUGAGUGACUUUGAUCACGAAUGGAAAAGUUUCUGUGUACUUUUUAUUUACUUUACUCUUGGAUAAAGUCCAUUGUCAAGUGUUUUCGAAAAUAUUCUUUGUACUCUUCGACCGUCCUGAAAUAAACUUGCCUAAUUUCAAUAAUAGGCUUCUCAACGAAUUUGAAGUAGUUUUUUUAUAGAAGGAAAUAUCAUAGAAAGUAUCUUUUAUUUUUCGAAAUUAAAAAAAAAUCUCAGGUAGGAAUUAUUCAAAUCUAUUUGAAAUUGAUUGAAUAUAUACUAUAACCUGAUUUUUAUUUAUGUUUUGUUUUAUUCUCUUUUGUGAAAAAUAUCUUGUUAUUUAAGCAUUAUUUGAUGUCUCGAUGGUUUUGAUUAGAAAAAAGUCAAUUACAGAUUAAUCGAACAAUAGUUACGAUUCGUUCCAUUUUGGAACACUGCAUGUGGUUCUCGCUCGGAUUAUCAAAUAAAACAUGCAUUUAUUUUUGAAUUAGUAACAUCCGAUAUGGUUCGAUUAUAUGACGCGCAAACGACGCAGAUAAGUCGUGUUCGAUAAAAGGCCAGCUAAUCUAUUUACGGGUAAUUUGUAUGUAUAUGUGUACACAGACAGAUACACACACAUGCCAAGUACAGACUGUUUCUUAAAAUUUAAUGACAUUGAAAUUAUGCUCAUAUUUGAUGAAAUACUUUGUAUACACACGUACACAUCUUAAUUAUGUAUUCAUUCUACAGGCGAUAUACAUAAAUAUACAUAUAUACAAACACAGAUGCGAUAUUAUUUCGUAAGAGAUUUCGCGCAAAGUGCACUCCGAACAUAAAUCGUGUAUAAUAUAAUUACGACAUAUUUUGCUCCAAAUGUAUUUAUUGAAAUGUAUCUAUUAAUGUGUAAAUAAAAGCGUACCGAGCCGCCUAAUCCUGCAACGAGAA